AGUCUUAUUGUUUUGCAUAACCCCCAAAAACAUCUGUUUGCUUCUCAAGACGAGUCGGGAAAUUUGCCGAAAUUUUGGAAUAUCUUGGGAAAUAUUUGGAAUUUUAUAACAUAAAAUGUUCUCCUUGAAGUGUCUUUUAAAUUCGGCCGAAAGUCAUUGUCUCCAGGCUGUGCGCCAUUAUGGUAAACACAACAAAAAGUUCCUCUACAAGGAUGGACAAAAAUAUGGCAAAAUUAUUUACUACCCCAGAACUCCUGACCAUCAAGAUCCUCCAAUUGAACCUGCCAAAUUGUUUAGAGUUCAACGCAUCAAACCAGUCAAAGGCAAUCCCUAUUGGGAGAAACGUUUGCUAAAAGAAUUGGGCUUGGAUGGCAAGCAGGGCGACUUUACCGUUGUGAAAAACAUUCCCGAAAACAAUGCCCGCCUCUGGAAGAUUAAACACUUGAUCAAAGUGACUCCAAUCACAUUUCCCCACGGAGAACCCACUGAGAACGAUAUCAAACACACCGUGCUCAAGGAGAAUGGUGAAUGCAUUGUAACCAAAGAAAUCGGCCCAACUGAAGACAGAAUACAAGCAUUGGAGUCAUUCGAAAGCGAUCCCAAACGAUUGGACACCGAUCUAUUGAAAAGAGAUGCACGUUUAAAAUGGCAAAACCCAUGGUAGAAAAGCACUUUAUUACAACAA